AUGAUGGCUAUGCGGAGUAUACAAGAGAACGAGGUAAUCGUGAGAGUGCCACGGCAUCUGAUGUUGACGGUAGACACGAUCCCAUCCUCGUUCGUCACGAAAUUCGAAGAGGGUGUACCAGUUCAUGCGAUUCUUGCUGCAUUCUUAUGUCAUGGGGAGCCGGAAGACCUCGAGCCGUAUGAGCUUUGGACAAAAACCUGGCCGACCAGGAAGGAUUUCGAGCAUUGCAUGCCGAUCCUUUGGCCGGACUUUCUGCGUGCGUCCUUGCCUCCGUCCGUCUCGGGCAGCUGGAAGAGUGUUCGAAAGGCGAAACUCGAGUUCGAAUACGAGUCCUCUCAUCAAAAUAUCCUGGCCCAGCAAGAGCAACGACUGCGCAACGCCUGGGAAAGUGUUGUCGCUGUGUUCCCAGAGACUGAUUGGGAAACGUUGUCCUACUAUUGGCUGAUUGUGAACACCAGGAGUUUUUUCUAUUUAAUGCCUGGUCAGGAGCCACCGGAGGAUAGAAAUGACGCCAUGGCAUUGUUGCCAUUUGCCGAUUACUUCAACCAUUCAGAUGUAGCAUGCAAUGUGAAAUUUGAUGGCCAAGAAUACGUUUUUAGAGCUUCAAAAACAUUUAUAUUGCGAGAACUGAGCUCCUCACAACAGGAGGAAUUGUACCUACAGCAGUAUCUUGGAAACUAUCAGGUCAUGGACACUGGAGUAUGCUACCGGACAGAGGUUGCCGCUUGUAUCAUGUAUAUGAGACCUGAGGACUGGCAGAACUACGUCCUAGGUUACUCUACCAGAGGAGUAGAUGCAAAGAAAUCAGAAGACGUCAUCAAAGGCUGGAUCCGCGCGUAUAUGGAAGAAGCAGAUUUGACUAUACGUGAGUUGGAAAACAUUCGGUCUAGCAUGGAACGAAGGCACCAGGGCAAGGCGCAGAUGCUGUUGAAGAGGUGGAGGCAAAUCAAAGAGCUCUGCAGCAUAGCCUUGAAGACAGUGUUAUGUUGA